AUGCAGUCUAUGCACAUAUUUGCGGAAAAUACAUACAGUGGCAUUACUAUCAGAACCAAGGAUCCACAAUCAGAAGCCCCAUUUCCCUCCCCAAACUCCAUAUUCAUCCGUAGAAUUAUCAAAACGGUAGGAAAUACCAUCCUCAAGGACUUUUGGGAGCUGCUGUUAAUGCAAGCCGUGUUCAAUGCCAAGUCACCUGCACCACUGAACGAGACAGACAUGAUGUUUUACAGAGUGUUGAAGAAGGGGGACGUGUAUCGAGAAUCCACCGAGAAGACGAUGCACGCCCUGGAAGUUGGAAGGAUUGAAGUAACCCAGGUAGAAGUGGACAGAUGGAAACUGCCAAUAUCUGCGGGACGCCGUAUACCCAUUUCCGAGGGUCUCAUUUCGAGAUGGCGCGUAUUCCUCGAAGAAGACUAUCCGUGGGCUCCAGAGUAUAUAGCUCAACUAGUUUCCGAGUAUUCGGAACCCGAUACCCCUGAAAACAUCCACGUCGGCUUCACAGUGGGUUUGCAACCUCUCCUCGAUGCGGUCUCCAACUCCGAUUUCUCUCUUUCGGUACAAGAAGGACUACACAAAUUCCUCAGAAUGAAUCGGACAAAGUUCCUUGAUGAGUAUGUCGUUGAGGUGGAAGAUGAGCCAUGGAUGCCUCCGUCUCUUACCGGGCUAUAUGGAUUGUAUUGA